AUGUAUCCUAAGCCUGGUAGUGUUUUCGAAAACGGCGGGAUUGCAAGUCUUACGAUCCUUCUCUUUGCCACGACGGUGGACUGCAUCACUCCGCUAUCAUCUGGCCUCGCUAGCACUGGAAAAUGCAAGCCGGUGACUUGGGAAGAUUCCACAACCCCCGGCCGGCCCGCGGCCACGGCCUCACGACCACGCGCAUGCACAACUCACACAACCAUUCAUGGGAUCAGAGGUGCCGAUACAAAGCCUGGAGAGAUCAACUGUCGCUAUACUAGCGACACCAAUGAGAACGUGGGUCCGGAGACCUGCCAAGAGCUCGCAACUCGUUACGGGAUUACACUAGACAAGUUCUUCCUCCUCAACCCUUCUCUGGACCGAGACUGCGGGAACAUACUUCCUUGCGCCUCAUACUGCACUCGUGGAUGUACGUGA